CUCUUGAUGCCUUAGGAAGGACGAGACUGAGUGUUAAGUAGUUAUAAAUGUUUCCAAGGCGCCUUCAUCUUUCUUGUUGCUGCGUCCACACCCUGACGUUGCAAGCUCCGCCCAGAGGUGACCCAAGGUGCUGACGAACGCAGUUACGGGCACGCGGGAACAGUCGGGAAAGCCGCCUGAGCGUCCUGGUUGUCAGGGCGACGCGGCGGCGGCUCCGCUCACUUGGGAGUUGCCGCGUCUCCGGCUGCGGCUUGGAGAGCCCCGUACGGUCCGGGUUUGUCCGCCUCUCAAGCCUACAGGGUACAAUAUUAUACUGCAAGUCGAUCAGUACAACGAUUUAAGUAACUUUUAACCAUAAUGGAAAAGUAUGAAAAGUUAGCUAAAAUUGGAGAAGGGUCUUAUGGGGUUGUAUUCAAAUGCAGAAACAAAUCCUCUGGACAAGUAGUAGCUAUUAAAAAAUUCUUGGAAUCUGAAGAUGAUCCUGUUGUUAAGAAGAUAGCACUAAGAGAAAUACGCAUGUUGAAGCAAUUAAAACAUCAAAACCUUGUGAACCUCAUUGAGGUGUUCAGGAGAAAAAGGAAAAUGCAUUUAGUUUUUGAAUACUGUGAUCAUACACUUUUAAAUGAGCUGGAAAGAAACCCAAAUGGAGUGGCUGAUGGAAUGGUCAAAAGUGUAUUAUGGCAGACUCUUCAAGCUCUGAAUUUCUGUCAUAAACAUAAUUGUAUUCAUAGAGAUGUAAAACCUGAAAACAUUCUAAUAACUAAGCAAGGAAUAAUCAAGAUCUGUGACUUUGGAUUUGCACGAAUUCUGAUUCCGGGAGAUGCCUACACCGAUUAUGUCGCCACCAGGUGGUACCGAGCUCCUGAGCUUCUCGUGGGAGACACACAGUAUGGUUCUUCGGUCGACAUCUGGGCUGCUGGCUGUGUUUUUGCUGAACUCCUGACAGGCCAGCCACUCUGGCCUGGAAAAUCAGAUGUGGACCAGCUUUAUCUGAUAAUCAGAACACUGGGAAAACUAAUCCCAAGACAUCAGUCUAUCUUUAAAAGUAACCAGUUUUUCCAUGGCAUCAGUAUACCUGAACCUGAAGACAUGGAAACUCUUGAGGAAAAGUUCUCAGAUGCUGAUCCUGAGGCUUUGAAUUUCAUGAAGGGGUGUCUGAAGAUGAACCCGGAUGACAGAUUAACCUGCACUCAACUCCUGGAGAGCCCCUACUUUGAUUCCUUCCGAGAGGAUCAGGUGAAAAGAAAAGCACGCAAUGUGGGCAAAAGCAGAAGGCGUCAGCAGAAUCAACUGUUGCCUCUCAUACCAGGAAGCUACGUCUCCCCCACACCUGAUGGAAGAAAACAAGUCCUCCAGUUAAAAUUUGAUCAUCUUCCAAACAUUUAGGAAAAUGUUCUUUCAAGUGUGAAGUAACUUAAUAUGUACAUAUUUUUGUACAAGCAAGAUAGGAAUUCUCAGUGUUUCAAAUGCAAAUGAGCCAUAUGAAAAUUAAGAUGCCUUCUAGAAUUUUCUGCUCUGAUCAUUGCUGGUUCCUCUCCCUGUGCUUUUUACAUGCCAACUUUAUCUUUCAGAACAUUUUCUUUAAAUGUUAGAAGGCCUGAAACUGCACAUAUGGAGGAGACAUUUUCAAUUUCAUCAGAGCAGACCUUCCUUAAACAAUUUAUGUUGAGAAUUUAUGGGCUUAUAAUUUGAUUUAUGAAAAAGAUUUACAUGUAUCAUCUUGCUUCAGCUGACCCCAUAAUAUCUUAAAGCAAUAUCAAAUCUCCUGCCUAGCUCUUGUUUGUAUCAGGAAUUAUAGUAUGUUCCUGUAUUUUAAUUCACUCUCAUUGUAACCAGGUCUGUCAAAAGUGAUGCCAGUAGUUGAUUUUGUGUUUUUACAGUGGUGUAGGAAGAGAAACUUGAAAGGUCAAUUCUUGGGCAGACUUGGCUUUCUCUACUUCGUGAGACAUUGAUGAUUCCAUUUUGAAGGCUAGCCAAAGAAAAUUCCAUACAAAUUCCAUACAUAGCACACAGUGGGCAAACGACAAGGAUUCCCACCCUCAUGACAGUAAUGCCCUGAACUGAUUGGCUUUGGUACAUCGUGAUGCCUUUCUUUCUCUCCUGGCUGAAUCAUCUCAGUACCUAAACCAGUCCUCAUAGUUGUGUUGUUUGUCAUUGCUAUACUUUCUUCCAAGCAUUCUCAGCCGCAGCCUCUCUGAACGCAUGCAGCCUUAAACUAUCAAGUACAUCAUAGUCAAUUUGAGUUUGUAAAUGCUUAUAAGAACAAGUCAAGAUUAUUGUUCACUUCAAAAAUUGAAGGAGACACCUCAAUAGGUGAACAGGAAUUCUGCUAGAAUAUUUUCCCAAGUAAGCCUGACAUACACAAACCCGCACACACAAAAUACAUCAUUAUAAAAUUUGAAGUAUCACAAUAGAUGCUUUUUAUCCUGGACGUCUAAAUAUGAAGCAGCACAAUUGAACAUGCUUUCAGUUUGCUAACAAGGAAUUCGUGCAGAAUAAUAAUACAGGGCUGUGUAUCACUGUCCAGCAAAAGGCACAAAAUGGUGAUGUGCCCAUCAAUAAAAAUUAAGAGUGUUUUGUUAACUCUUUUCCCCUCCCAGCCUGGCAUGCUUACUUGAAUCCUGUCAAAUUUUGCUAAUAAACAUCAUUCCAGAA